AGGAAUCGUUUUCCCACUUUUUCUGUUGGUUUUUGUUUUUUGGUUUUCUUCUUCUGCUAUCCGCGCUGUUGCUCCUCGGCGAGCCGCUUCUGUCAAGACGGUGUUAGAAUAUUUUUUUUUUUCAAUUGCUCUUCGCAUAUUCCUUCCCGAAUAAUUGCUCGUCAUUCUGUGUGUGUGUGUUGUUCCUGAAAGUGCUGCUCGCCUCUUCACGUUCCAUUCACACGCCACACACCCGCAUAUACAUUUGUAUAUUUGUUGUUUUGUAAGAAGGGAGAGGCUCUUACCACUGUACGUGGCACCUCGCUGUCCUUCCAUUGUGGACGUGUUCCUCGCUUAUUAGCUUUACCAAUCAUCCCCUGUUUUUUGUUAGUUUUGUUUUGAUAUCUACAUAUCUGCAAAGUGCAGAAGAGGGGAGAGUGGGUGAACAUAACCUCUUAUUCAUGUGUGUCUUUCUUUACUGCUCUCUAUCGUUUUUGUUUAUUUAUUUGGUGGUUGUCAUGCACACCGAGGCACAUCCACAGGUGUGAAACACACAAAGAGCUCCUUCUCUGAUAGACCUAUAUACUUCAAGCGGCGGCAGGCACGGGGGCUUCGCUGAAACAGGAGAAAAAGAAACAAAGAAGGAGUGUGCGCGAAGAGCAGCACGCGAUCACGACGACGACAGCAGCCACAACAACAAAACAGUGUUUAUCAGAAGGUGACCAUGCUCCUCUCUGCCCGCCUUUCGUUUGCCGCGAAACACCUGUUUGCGCACGUCUUCUUUUACCUCAUUCCGCGGCUGUUGUCUGGCAUUCUUAGUCGCUGGCCACGCCGCAUCUUGAGCUGGUGGAGGCUGCUCCCAGCACCGAAGGAUGAGCGUGAGGUGACGCUGAUCGCAAAUAGCGGCGACGUGCAUCAUCUUCGACAGCGCUUUGCCCUGCCGGCGCCGAAUCAGCCGCCCAUGCGCUACAGCUCGCCGCUGUACAACGGCCACAUCGAGACUGUACUGGCCGGCCUGCGCAGCGGACCCGCCGUGCGCUUUGAACGCGAGCUCGUCGAAGCAGAUGGCGGCCAACACGUCAACAUGGACUUUCUCUAUCCGCCUGCCUCCCCAGACAUGUCCGCCGCCGCACCCGCCGCGAAGGGGAAGGCCCCGCACGCCAAGGGAAUCUUCUUCGUCGUGCCGGGCCUGCUAAACGCCUCCACCACGAAUUAUAGUCGCCACUUCGCAGACGUCGCCGUGCGCAGCGGCUUUGCGGUGUGCGUGCUCAACUACCGCGGCAUGGGCACGACGCCGCUGGAGGUGCCACGCCUCUUCAGCGCCACCUUCACGGCUGACAUCUGCUACUGCCUGCACCACUACCUGCGCCCAGAGCAGGUGCAGUCCCGUCUCGGCACUCCAGAGCCGGUACCGCUGAUCGCCGUCGGCUUCUCCCUUGGCGGCGUGACGCUGAUGAAGUACUUGGGCGAGCAGGGCGUGGCGGCCGCCGAGAGGGAGAGGAAGGAGAGCUUGCCGGAGGGGAGUGUGCCACCCGACACCCCCGUCUCCGCCCUUUUCACCGUGACCUCCCCGUACGACCUGAUCGAAGCGGACAAGAUGUGCGACACGGCGGCUUACCGGCACCUCUACGAAAAGCCGUUUGCGGUGGGGCUGCGCAAGUACUCUCAUCACAAUCGUGCGAUGCUCGCACAGCUGCCGAACGUGGACGCGAGGUGGCUCUUUGAGGGGCCGAGCCCAGGCAUCAACCGCAUCUCCUCGAUCCGGGAGUUUGACGUAUUCAUCAACGCGGGCCACAACGGGUUUGCUAGCACGCGGGAGUACUACGCCGCGGCGCAGCCAUUCACGUGGCUUGCACGCUGCCGCACACCGGUGCUGUGCAUUGGUGAUCGCAACGACGUAGUGGCCGGGCUUUUUGUGCCGGACGCGCAGUGGCGGGCGCUGGUGGAGCAGAACCCGUACGUCGUGUACGUGUGCUUUCCCGUGGGCGGGCAUCUCGGCUUCGUGGGCGGCAUCACGGCGGAGUGGCGCGGCGAGGCGACGGAGGCGGAGCGGCUUGUGUUGAAGGCGUCCUCGCAGUAUUGUCGCGCGUCGGCGGCAGCACAAAGCAAAGCAAAGUAA